AUGAACUCUCUUGUUAACUACUUAAAAUCUGUUGAUUUUUUUGGUGCCACCUUUAAUCAAAAUAUUGAUAAAAAGCAGCAAAGCUAUAAAAGUGUAUUUGGAGGAAUUAUGACAUUGAUGAUUUUUUCAGCAAGUCUAGCGUAUGCUCUUUGGGUGUUUUUUAAAUGGUAAACUAAUUAAUAUAGCCCUAAAAUUACUAAUUUUGUUAAUAUUUCGAACUUUGAGCUAUUGGAUUUUGAUUAUGAUAUUAUCAAGAUUAGUUAUUAAGGAUAUAAAGAAGGAAUGAUAGAUCCAUUUAAGGAGAAGGUUUUGAUACCACUUUUAAUUUAUACAGAAAAUUUUGAAUAUGGUAAUUCUACAGUAUUGAGAUUAUCCAAUUAAACUUCGUAUUAUGGCAAUAAUUACUUAAUACCUAAAAUGAAAUUGGGAUUUUCAACAGUGAAUGGCAAUUUAAUGACUACAUCGGAAAUGUAUGUAUAAAUCGUUAAAUGCACACCAGAAUUGUUGGACAAGGAUGAAAAUUGUGCUUCUGAGGAAACAAUUUAGAAAUUUUUCAGUUAGCCAUUAAAUUAUCUGGCUUUACAAAUAAAAGGAAAAUAACUGAACUCAAAUGAUGGUUAAGUUUAAACAAGUAUGUAGGAAUUUUAUAUUCAAAUUGAAGAAAUAAGUUGCUAUACCUUUAACAUUUUUCUUCAAAGCAAUUUUUAUGAGGUUAAAGAUUCACUUUUGUUUGGAUUGUCUAAAUAGAAUGAAUUUAUAAAUGGAGCAUUAGUGCAAUCAUAAACCAAUUCAGCAUAGUAUUGUUACCAAGCUUAUGGCAAUGUUACUUAUGCUUCUUUUUAUAUAGCUAUGAAAGGAGAUCAAAUAAAAACCAUAUUUGAAUAUCCAAGUGCAGGAGAUUUACUGGCUAAUAUUGGUUCAAUAGUCUCAGUAUUGUUCAUGAUCAGAUUCAUGAUAUUCUUUUUAAACGAUUACUAUUUGAAUGAAAAAAUAAUAAAUGAUUUAAUCGCAUUUUAUUAUCCAUAAUUUCACCAAGUUAGGUUUAAAAGANUAAAAUUCCGUACCAUCUAUUUAUGGAAGAUUCAUAUUAAUUGA